AUGAUGAUUGAUGAUGAUAGAGAAUCUAGUGAGGAGGGGGCUUCUCUACACGGAAGGCCACCUUCAUCAACUCAACAGACUGCUCAAUUUGUUGACACUAUGUUUGUCGCAGCUGCUUCUCACCCUUCAACGCCAUCAGCUUCAUCUCCUUCUUCACCAACUCUUUCACCAACAACUUCUACAUCAUCUUCGUCGGCCGCAUCUGUCCGAAAAGAGGAUGUUUCUAUCCCUCAGUCCCCAGUUCAUGGGAAUAUGGGGCAAAAUUAUGCUUCCUCCUCAGAAGAUCCGCAAAGGAGAAGGAGUGUUACUCUCUCAAUCUCCACCAGAUGCAAUUUGUUGUCCUGA